AUGCGCUUCACAGCAAUCACCGUCCUCACCUUCCUCCUCGCGACCGCCCCAGCCCUAGGCGACAGAGGCCAAUUCGGCGGUCAGGGCGGAGGCCGAGGUCAAGCAGGACCUCCAGCCGCAAUCGGGCAAGCACCACCAGCACCAGGUCAGGGCGGUCCCGCUGGUGGGCGUGGAGGGGCCGGCCGUUUCGGACGACCGAAUGGUGGGAAUGGGGGUGGUGGGCGUGGAGGCGCGAUCGACACAUCUCUGAUCCCACCAUACGGCAUACAGCAAGGUGUCAAGGCCAACGAUGGCACAGCCAACUGCGUCGGGGUUGGCGGCAAGGGCAUCCCGUGUGACUGCCCGCCGGCCAUCGACAAACUUGCUACCGCCAUCCAAGCCCAGGUAGCUGGCGGCGCGCAGUUCCCAACAGAUUACUACAAUAACAGUCACUUCAUCGCCAUUCCGCUGUGGUACAUCGACUUCGUUCUCCUAACGCCCAGAGACGGCAAAGAUGCCCCUGCAUUCACUGGACGAAAACUCGCAGACGAUGAGCUUAGGGAUGACGCGAGUGUUGUUGCCGCCCAUGGCCAAAGCUGGAAAGAUCUCUUGACGUUCUGGGAGCGAGUUAAGUGGUCUAUCAGGCUGAUGCUGCCUGCGCAAAGGGGCAUCGGAUGGAAUUGGCAGGUUAAAAAUGUCCCCACGGAUCCGUAUGCAAGAUUAUCAUGUUGGCAGUACGUGCGCUGCCAAUUGCGGUGGGUGGUAUUCUAUUAUGUUCAAUCUGUGGCAGCGUUGUUUAUACUGGGCAUGGGAUGCGUCUUCAGAGCGGAACGUAGAUCAGACGAGCUGCUUAUGGCAGUUGCUGCAGAUGCUAUCGUGGGAUGGUCGGGUGCCGUUUGGGUAUGGGACAGAUUGAAUUGUGCGUAUCUCUUAGCUGCUGCUCUGGGUGUUGCGACAGGCGUGACGGAGCCAUGGGAGUGGCCACCCCUCAUGGGGCCGUUGAAAGACGCAUGGAGCGUGAGGCAGAUGUGGAGUGCAACAUAUCACCAGGCAUGCCGCAGGCUGCUUUCCCGGCCGCCAAAACAGCUUGCUUCCUUUCUAGGUCUACGUAAUGGUAGUCUGGCGUCCGGCUACAGCCAACUGUUCAUUUCGUUCGGGAUAAGUUGUCUUUUCCACCAGGCCCAGAUGUUUAAUGUUACUCGUCGCGACAUGGGCGAACUGGCGUUCUUCAUGUCGCAGCCUGUGGCUAUUGUGGCGGAGGAUCUUGUGCGCUGGGCUUGGAAGAAAAGUGGCAUCUCUGGGAAGAACUUACAUUUCGAGAGAGCGGUUGGAUAUGGUUGGACGUUCGUCUGGUUUUCAUCCAGCUUGCACUUAUAUAUUAGUGGACUUGUGGAGGCGCGCGUCAUUAAAGACUGGCUGCUUGGAUACAAGCCUUUGGGGACAGGUGCUGAUGUCGGCCAGCAGCUGUUGAUGUGGUUAAGGGACUUACCGAAGAAUGCAGGCAAGUGA